AGAAAACAUGCGGAAAAUAAUGAUGGGGGAGAUGGAAGAGGAGUUGAAAAGUAUCUAAGCGAAGGACUUGUUAUGAAAAAAUUUAUUCCUGAAAUACCAAAAAUAGAAGUGGUUAAAGACCUUGACCAAGAAAAAAAAUUAGUCAAAGAGCAACCAUUUGAAGAAGAAAUUAGUUCCUCUUUCUCUACUAGUAAACAGCCAGUGGCCAAAUUGCUUUACAUUGCGGAAACUGAAAAAGCAGUAGAAUAUCCAAAUAAAAUACCCGAAGAUGGAUUGGGAAAUAAAGAUUUUAAUCAAGGUCUAAAAGUAUCUAAGUUUGCUUAUAAAAUUAAUCAUUUGUAUAAAUUAGUUAAUCCAGUAGAUUCCAAGCAAUUAAAAACCGUUAUGAAAAUAUUCCACGACAACGAGGUUCAUCAUCCCUUAGGCGGUGGCUCUUAUGUAUUUAAAAAAAAAUAUGUUGAUUAUAUUCUAAGUCUUAGUCCUAAAUCUGAUAUAAAAGUAAGUAUUGGAGCCCAACCAAAUGGUUCGCCCCAUUUUGGCACUAUCACUACUUUUUCGCUGGCUUUUUCCUUAGCCCAACAGUUAAAAAAUAAUGGUAAAAAUAUAAUGGUUGUAUUAGAGUUGGUUGAUACAGCAAUCUCUGAAAAUUAUUCAUUUGAUAAUAUUCGGUAUCAAAAAAGUUUGGCUUAUACCAAAGAAAUUGAUAAACAUGUUGGCCACUACCAAGAAUUAUUAGAAAAAUUAAGUUCUUAUUCCGGAAUAGAUUUCGAGAUAAGAGGACAAAGUGAGUUUAAUUCUCAUCGGAAAAUACCAGAAGUGGUUAGUAAAAUAAUCCAAGAAAAAGAAAAGGUUGGUUCUUUAUUAUCUCCGGAAUCAAAAGUUAUCGCUUUAAGAGUGGCUUGUCCCCAAUGUGGACUGGCCGAUAAGCAUGGAAAAAAGAAUAUCUAUGCUGGAAAUGACGCAGUCAUUUCUUUUUGCCCCGAACAUGGAGUAAUCUACUCAGAAGACAAUCAAGAUGUAGCAGUUCCUUAUUCUUGGAUUAGGGUAACCGGCGGAGAUUAUGCGGGAACCUACCAAGAACAAAUCCUUUAUAAAGGAGCCGCGAUACUAGGAACUGACAUUACUAUUUUACCCUUUAUCAUUUACAGUCCCUUGAAAGGAGCUUAUGGAUAUUUAAAAGAACAAGCCCUUGAUUAUCUCAUUGAUUACCAUAGUUUCAAAAAAACUUUUACUGACCGUGGACUAAAAAAAUUAUAUGAAGAGACAAAGGAAAGCAAAAUGGAAGCAUCAGUUGUUCAUCAAGUUCCA